UUUUGGGGCACCCAAGCAUGUCCUUAAGUUUAAUUUAUUACUUCCGUCCCUGUCAUAGUUUCUGCUUAGACUUCAGAGUAGCUGGGGAGUUUCGAGUGGGGCGCUUUGGUGGAGGCCCGGGCAACAUAGGGCCGUGAAUCUCCCGCAAUUCUGCCGUCUGCAAUCUAGAGCUUAAGCCAUGGACUUCCUACAGACACCGGAAAAUCAGAUGCUUGUGGGCGUCGCCGUGGCUCUUUUAGCCAUUGUUCUCGGUGCUUUCUACCUCUUGUCGUCCAAGAAGCCCAAAGGUUGCUUAAACCCUGAGGACUUUAAGGAGUUUAAACUUGUGAAGCGUACUCAGCUGAGCCAUAAUGUGGCAAAGUUCACAUUUAAACUUCCAACUCCUACUUCAGUUUUGGGUCUUCCAAUAGGACAACAUAUAAGUUGCAGGGGUAAGGAUGGUCAAGGUGAAGAAGUAAUCAAACCAUAUACACCUACUACGCUGGAUUCUGAUGUUGGGUAUUUUGAACUAGUUAUAAAGAUGUACCCACAAGGAAGGAUGUCACACCAUUUCCGUGAGAUGCGUGUUGGAGACUAUCUUGCUGUUAAAGGACCCAAGGGACGCUUCAAGUAUCGAAUUGGUGAGGUUAGAGCAUUUGGAAUGAUUGCUGGAGGGUCUGGAAUCACUCCAAUGUUCCAAGUUGCUAGAGCCAUACUAGAAAACCCAAAAGACAGGACAAAGGUGCAUCUUAUCUAUGCCAAUGUUACAUAUGAGGACAUUCUUUUGAAGGGAGAAUUGGAUGGUCUUGCUUCGAAGUAUCCUGAUCGCUUUAAAGUAUAUUAUGUCUUGAACCAGCCUCCUGAAGUAUGGGAUGGUGGUGUUGGAUUUGUUUCAAAGGAGAUGAUCCAAACACAUUGCCCUGCUCCAGCCAAUGAUAUCAAGAUUUUGAGGUGUGGCCCCCCACCCAUGAACAAGGCAAUGGCUGCUCACCUGGAUGCCCUUGGAUAUUCCCCCGAGAUGCAGUUCCAGUUCUGAUUGAUUUAUAACCUGCUUUGACUGUAAAGCAUUGUGUCAACGGUGCAUUUAGUUUCAGAACGUUCUCCUGUGGCAGAGUAGAAAAUCUGAAAUAAUUGCGUUUAAUCCGAUUAUGAGGUUGAGACAUUGCGUUCUAUGGUUUCUUGCAUUAUGAGCAUCCACAUGCUUUCAAGUGCAGAAA